UUGUAUUCAUUUUAUAAACUAAUAGUUAUUUCAAGUGUUUUUUCCCCAGUUAUUUUUAACACUUUUGCUUUUUCAGGAGAAGCUAUCACAUUGCCACCAGGGCCACCGGGGCCACCCGGACUACCUGGUAAACCCGGUCCGCCCGGUUUACCGGGCAGGAGAGGGCGCGGAGAAGUGGGACCACCAGGUGAUCCAGGAUGGCCGGGUUUACCGGGAAGUCCCGGGCUGCCGGGAGAACCUGGCGCACCAGGACCAAAAGGUCCAGUUGGUGAUUGCGAUCACUGUCCACCGGCAAGGACUGCUCCUGGAUAUUAA